CAACGACCACCUUAGUUUUACGACUCUCCUUUGUGUUUCCUUAAGCACUUCUUUCACAGUAUCUUAUUUCCUUUGCCCUUUCGAGCAUAAUUCUAGACCUAGACACGAUCUCCCGCUGGCAGGGAUCAAAAUCACAACGAACAUCACGGCAGUCGACCUCACGAAUACCACAAUACAGAAACGUCGGUCACGGAAAGCACUUCGAAUUUUCGUGCAAUCAUCCACGAUACCAAAUACACAAGCCACCAUGCCUAUCCCAGAAUAUGGCGCCGCUCCUCUGGCGAAGACUUUUGUCCUCGUUCGAGGCCUGUCGCUCAUUUCAAUGAUUGCCAUCGUCGGCAUGACUGCCAACUUCGUCAGCCAAAUCGUCAGCUCCAACGUUGAGCCACCGAAAGAGAUCGUAGGGACUCUUGUCAUUACCUGCAUGGCAACACUCUAUUGCCUCAUCAGCAUUCCCUUCUUCUACGCCCAAGCCAACCUCGGCCUCCUGAUCAUGACAGCCGUCGACUUUUUGCUGCUCAUAGCUUUUGUCGUCGUCUCUGUUGUCCUGGGCAAACCUCUUUCCUUCCUGAACUGCACGAUCAUCGCAGACAAGAACGCCGCGGCCAACGCGCAGUCCGCGGCAGCGUUUACUCAAGCUCUGGCGAGCAAUAUCGGAAAGUCUGGAAGCACCCUGGGCUUGGGGAAUUGGGCCGGAAGCACCAAGGCCAACUGCUACGAGACAAAGGCGAUUUGGGGAUUUGGGAUCAGUCUGGCGAUCCUGUUCACUUGCUCCUCUUGUAUCUUGCCUACUCUGUGGUACAAGGCGAGGAAGGCUGCCGGCGGAGGCGGUAAAUCGGUUGUCUAAGAACGGUGCAACUGAAGAGCUGCAUGAUGCCCCGUCUUACACACCACAGAAGUUCGCACCUGGCUUUAGAUUGGUCAGUCGGAGCAAAGCCUCCCGAAUGGCAUGAUCAUAUAGAAUUUCGAGAGCGGCGUUUUGGGUACGAGUCUAGCAGGGCCAGAUGGUAAUGUGUGAUAAGAAAGAAAUCAAAAAGCAGUACUUCACCGCCCGAAUUCCAGCC